AUGCUAGCUAACAUAUUUGGAAGUGUGUGCUCUAUAGAUUUAAAAAUCGAUGCCGAAGAAGGACGGAAGUUUUCAUUUUUGCGGAAAGAUAAGAAGGGAGAAAAAUAUCCGAUUUUUUCAGACGGUGAAGAUAUAAAUGGUGUUGCAACAAUAACAUUAAAACCAGGAAAAAAAAUAGAACAUUAUGGAAUAAAAUUAGAAUUAAUAGGUCAAAUAAAUAUAUUAAAUGAUAAAUCCAAUUCUUAUGAUUUUUUUUCAAUAUCUAAAGAUUUAGAACCUCCAGGUUUUUUAAUUGAAAGUAAACAAUUUAAAUGGAAAUUUUCAUCUGUCGAUAAACAAUAUGAAUCUUAUUGUGGUAAGAAUGCACAAUUACGAUAUUUUGUUCGAUUAAAUAUAAUAAAAGGUUAUUCAGGGAAUAUCCAAAAAGAAAUAGAUUUUAUAGUACAGAAUGUUUGUAUACCUCCUGAAAUAAAUAAUACAAUAAAAAUGGAAGUAGGGAUUGAAGAUUGUUUACAUAUAGAAUUUGAAUAUGAUAAAUCUAAAUAUCAUUUAAAAGAUGUUGUAGUAGGAAAAGUCUAUUUUUUAUUAGUUAGAAUAAAAAUAAAACAUAUGGAAUUAGAUAUUAUAAAAAUUGAAACAUCAGGUAUUGGAAGAAAUUGUGUAACAGAAACAUCAACUUUAUCAAAAUAUGAAAUUAUGGAUGGAUCACCAACUAAAUCUGAAUGUAUACCAGUUAGAUUAUACCUAAGUGGAUUUGAUUUAACUCCAACUUAUAAAAAUAUUCAAAAUAAAUUUUCUGUUAAAUAUUAUAUUAAUCUUAUAAUUGUUGAUGAGGAAGAAAGACGGUAUUUUAAGAAGCAAGAGAUUUUUCUUUGGAGGAAAAAAAUUGGAUAA